AGAAAGUAGUCUGUCGCAUAUAACUUCCUAAAUCUGUGAUGAUGAUGUUCGGGGCGUGUAAUAUUACCGUUAUUUUUUAACUCAAAUCCGUUUCCUUCCCUUCGAAAAGAAAAAAAGAAAAAAAAGAAACGAGUUUAACGAAUUUGUGGAUGAUGUUUUAUUGACUUGACAUCGCGGCGGAAGAACACCUUUUAAGUUACCGCCUGCGUUUGUGCGGGCAUGCGCAGUGAUCUUCUGAGGUUGGACUUGGAUGUGAGAAAAAAGUGUUGAGCAACUGUCACGUGAAUGGACGUCACCGACACGGGUGUGCCUGGUUAGCUUGGAACUUCUCAGGCAAGAAGGAAGUCGACGGAGUUGUUUAGCCGUGUGUCCGGGUUAGUGGUGAGAAGCUUUCUUCCCAGAAAGGCCAAAGGUCUUACGGUGGCUUCGACGUCGGUCACGUGAAUUGCUUACGACACUGCGUCAUGAAUCUAAACAUCGACCGCCUGCGCUUCUGCGUCGGCGGCAGCGUCUUCGCUCACGGGCUCUAUUGGAUACUAAGGCUUGUGGUGUCGUGCAGCAAGCGGCUCUACUCCUUCCUUGCCAUUGUGGCCGCAGUCGUCUUUAUGUACCGCACCUGGGUCGACAGCAUCUGGCCCGAGAUUCGUGUUCCACCACCCGAAGGAGAGGAGGAUCCGGAACAAUGGACUCCAAUUCAUCCUCAGGUUCUCAGUGUCCCUGAGUUGAACCGCUACUUCACCGACUGGACCACAAGCGUGAAGAGGUGGGCACAGAACGUGGCAGCCCUCAGGAAGACGCAUCCAGGAUUGUUCUGCAUCUUGUCUUCCUCCACUUUCGCCAUGACUGCGGUGCUGGGACGCAUGGUCUCGGGAGUGCUGAUCCUCUACAGCUUGCUGAUGGCGGUGACCCUUGGUCCGGGUAUUGCCCUCUACGUCAUACCGGAAACGUGGUACGAACAGAUUGAAGCACUCCUCAGAGUUGCCUCUGGGAAGUCUCCGAGGGAAACAGGCUCAGGUGACGGUGGCGGCAAUAACGCGACUAACCCGGACGAUGGACUGGACGAGUUCCUGCCGGAGGUCGACGAGGGCGAGCUUUCUCGGCAGCUCAGCCUCUCCCUGGAGUCCGACUUUGCACCGCCGAGCUCGCGCGGCCUACAGGCCGCCGUGGCCAGGGAACUGGGCACCACGCACCUCGCUUCUCUCGAAGAAGAAACCCGGCUGUCGGAGGGCCUGGGCAGCUUUCCGGACUUCGACGAAGACAGCAUGGACAGUUUCCUCCCCGACAUGAGCACCAUGCCUUCGUUGACCGACACCCUCCCUCCUGCGCCCGCAAACAACAACGAGAACGCCUUGGCAAACGUCAUUAAUGGCAUCCACUUUGUGGCCUCGCACUUCCGCCAGUCAAGCUCUGACUCAGAAGCGUCGGAAGAGGCCGCCACGAUCGGAGCCGACUUUGGGAGGCGCGUCACGCGCUCCCGCGGACGUCCAGAGGCGUCCCAAUCCAGGCCGCUGGCCGUGGGGCCGCCCCAGCGUCCCUCCCGGCACAGCUCGCAAGGUAGUGACAUCGACAUUGACGAAUACGAGGUGGUGGACACGCGCGACUUACCGUCAACAUGAUGACGUGUCUCGUUCAAAGUCGCCCAUCUUUUCGAGUCUGCCCUCAGCAUGGGAGAGGGGUUGGGUUCUCGAGGGGCAAAAGGGGAAGUGUCUUGUGGUCUGUGUCUGUUUGACGGUGUCGGUGAGGAGUCGGGACAGUUGUUGUGUGCUCGUGAUUCGAAGGUGUUUGUUUUGCACCUUUCGGGUGUUUUCUCGUGACGGAUUUGCAUUAGGACGCUCAUUUUAAAUCCUUCGUUCCCGAUUUUUUUUACGUUUUUGCAUUGCAUGUUUAACAUGCCUUAGCCCUACCUCGCUAGGUGCGAGAUUUUUUAUCCGUUCCGUCGCGCUUGUGUAGGAGUUUUGUCGAAAGGACGAGAUAAAACUGUGUAGCCUGGAAAGAUUUUACCGGGUGGAAAGUCUUGUAUGAUUCGUAUCUUCGCAGUGACACGUAGCCCAAGCGUAACGCAAUGAAUUAGUAGUUAGUUUGAAGUUUUGUGGCGUAUCUGCAUUGCAUUAAUGCUGGGAGAGACCUGACUUUAUGUUUCAUCGCAUCUUUAAAACUUUUUAACGAGACCUGCACCCUCAUCCCUCCCUUCUUGACAAACAAGAGUGCUCUGUCUAAAACUUGGCUUGCGGCAGGUGUGGGCACCUCUUUAGGUGUACAGCUAGAACAUGAAAGACACUGCUUUUUCACCGCGGUGCAAACCCUGGCACAACUGCACCUUGCAAGCAUGACCUGUCGUUUCGUAUUGGUUGUUUGAACAACGGUCUUUUACCAUCCCCACUAACAUUCAACAAACAUCUAUGAAGAAGGGCCAGUGUUUCUACCACUCUCGCAGAUUGAGAGGAGCUUUACCUGGGGAGACCCAUCUUUCUGGCUACUUUGGCGAGCAUCAAAGGGGUCGGACUUGUCUUGGCCUUGUGAGAAUGGAAACUUUCACCUGCACUGUACUUCACUGCACAUGGAGAGGGCCACGUCUGCCUGAGCAGACUUUUGUACAUGGUGUGCCGUUGCCCGUAAUGUGCGCUGCUCUCUAGGCCCGAGUUGUGGGCAGCAGUACAAGUGGACCAGUAAUGUGCUGGUUCUCACGUUGCCUCCACUUGUACCUAAGUUAAGUUCCAUCGAGUCAUCUGUGUAUAUUUAUUCGACUUACACGCGUUACAAGACGUCAGUAUUUUGAAGGGGAAGAGACUGCAUUUUAGGUUUGCAUAGUCCCUAGUGAAGUGGCCUAGGGAUAGUUUUGUGACUGUUUUUCUCCCAUAGAGUUGUGUGGCUGUUUUUUUUUGUUUUUUAAAUUCAUGCUGGCUUAAGGAGCCCAUGUAGAGCAUCUGUGAUUUUUGUUUUGCCUUGUUUUUCUCGGUACAUUUGUUGGUCCCUUUGGACGAUGUUGCGAGAAAUUUUAUUAAUUUUAAACAUACGUAUAUGUUUAUAUAGUUGCAGUUGCUUUUUUCUUGGGGGGGGGGGGGGGGGGGGGGAAGGGGAGGGGAGGGGGGGGGACACAUUAUUAUAAUCAUUUGAAGUUUCUUUCUGAGAAAUCGUGAACGUGAGAAAGUUUUAUGGAAUGUCAUUAAUGCUCACCUUUUUUUAUUUUAUUUCUAUUGUUUGUGGCCUAUUCCUGGAAGCAACUGAGUCAGCCUUCUGCGCUAACUUUUUGUUAGAUGUGCAGAUAAUCAAAAUUUUACAAAGAAUAAAACUAUCUGACUGGGUUUGACCCUGGCCUGAGGUACUGGUCCUUUAUGCUCUUAUGGGUGAAUUUACGUAUGUUCUCUACUUCCGAUUUCUUUUCCUACCAAUAUUUUUAUGCUUUAGGAUGCUUACUGCUCUUUUUUUCCUAACUUGCCUGCCCUCAUCUUAGCUUUCAGAUUACAAGCAAAGUUCCUCCACAAGUUGCUCGAUUAGAUAUUAGCUCCUAAAUUUCACUUUUUUUUUCUGUAGUGCUUAAUUGCACAAUGCCCAAAACACAAAGUUGCUUGUGAUUGCCAGCCGCUUGCGACUGCUUCAGCACACCCGACUUUUGAAACACUACUGUAGAAUUCUUUUUGCUAAAUGGCACAUAGAUUGUAGGGUGUUCUGACAUUCCUUCUUACAAUCUACAAUAUGUGACUCACUCUAACUUGCAUGCUCAAAUCAGGUUUUCAGCAAACUGCACAGCAGUGUGAUGCUGUUCUUGUAAUCCUUUCUGAGCAUACUGCAACAUACUUUGUUCAGGUAAAAGCUUGAAAAAAUGCAUUGAUACCAAGACUUUGGAAGAAUGAGAUGAGUACCUUACUUAUUUGAGUAACAGAUGCACUGUUUGUAGACAAGACCUGCACGUCUACUUUUCUGCAGAGCACACAUAGUCAUUGAUCGUGUUCUACAUAAAAAACAGUAAAUAAUGUGGUCGAAACAAUGGCUCUCCGCGCAAGUGUCCUGCAAGUCUGUAGAAUGUGAUGAUUGGCUAUCCAUGUACUCCGUGGGAAAGUGUAGGUGCUGGCUUUGUUCAUAAGCUGUGUGUCUAUUACUCUACUGAAAGCGGUACUUCAUGGAGUGUAGUGUUUAGGGAAAUUCCGUGUUCGCUUGUUUUAUGGAGGAGAGCAUAGUGCUGAUGGCAUCGCCUAGUCUAGCGCUGUAACACAGUUUUGUUCUGUUUUUCUGCGUCUUUCCAAAGUGUCGCAAAAUGAGAAAGUGUUGCCAGGCGUGGCAGACUCCUGCUCACAAGACUUCCAAUAGACAGGCAGACUCCUGUAAGUGGUGUUUUUUUGUCUGGAAUGGCACGCACGGCUUGGUGGCAUCUGUGACCCGGAAACACUGCACGUUUUUGUCCUGCAAGUCUAAAAAUCUCAAACGAGCACCUCUGGAGACAUGUCGGGUUGCCAACUCACGCUAUAAAAGAUCACAGCUGUACAGGCAAAUGUUUCCCUAUGCAACACAAUUUCCUCGAGAUAACUUAAUUUCUCUUUCAGUUGUUUGACUCCAUCGUUUUGUUGCCAUUUCCUAGUGCACACUAGUCAGAACAAAACUGUAUUAACUAUGGCCACAUUGUCAGUUGUGCACAUUCUAUUUUUUAUUUUUUGUCUGAAAGUCACCAAAUAUUUUUUUUUAAAGCCUUUGUGUAGCGUCAGGAGCAUUUCCAGAGAAUCUCAAUUACGAUUUGUCGGUGUGUGCAGCACUAUUUUCCAGCGGGUGUGUUUCACAGGGACGUCUGUGUGAUUCUAGAAACACCAUUUGGAACAUUGGUGGAGCCUGCAAACUGUGUCGAAAAGCAAGUUCUUCGGAAAAGUCCCUUUUUUUGUCAUGCAAGUCUGGUUGGGCAACAGGACACUUAAAUCAUGUAGUAAUCCUCAAAUCGACCCCAUUUUUCAGUGCCUUGUACAUAAAUCGAGAAUAAAAUGAAAGACUUUCAUCGUUCA